GGGGCCUGGGCCAGAGGGCGGGGCCUGGGCCAGAGCCUUAAAGAGCCCCGCGCCCCGCCCAGCACUGUGGCUCCACCAUGGCCCAGACUGCCAAGCUCCAGCUCUUCGUCAAGGCGAGCGAGGACUGUGAGAGCGUGGGCCACUGCCCCUCCUGCCAGCGGCUCUUCAUGAUCCUGCUCCUCAAGGGCGUGCCCUUCAUGCUCACCACCGUGGACACCCGCAGGUCCCUGGACGUGCUGAAGGACUUUGCGCCCGGCUCCCAGCUGCCCAUCCUGCUCUACAACGGCGAGGCCAAGACGGACACGCUGCAGAUCGAGGAGUUCCUGGAGGAGACGCUGGGACCCCCCGCGUUCCCCAGCCUGGCGCCCCGCUACCGGGCGUCCGCCACGGCGGGCAACGACGUCUUCGGCAAGUUCUCGGCCUUCAUCAAGAACCCCGCCCCCGGGCAGGACGACGCCCUGUACCAGCAGCUGCUGCGCGCCCUGGCCAGGCUGGACGGCUACCUGCGGGCGCCCCUGGAGGACGAGCUGGCCCGCGAGCCGGGGCUGCGGGAGUCCCGCCGCCGCUUCCUGGAUGGGGACCGGCUCACGCUGGCCGACUGCGGACUGCUGCCCAAGCUGCACAUCGCGGACACGGUGUGCGCGCACUUCCGGGGGGCCCCCAUCCCGGCCCAGCUGCGCGGCGUCCGCCGCUACCUGGACAGCGCGCUGCAGGAGAAGGAGUUCAAGUACACGUGCCCGCACAGCGCCGAGAUCCUGGCGGCCUACCGGCCGGUGGUGCACACCCGCUGAGCCCCCGCCCCUGCCCCUGCGCCCCCACAGCCCCAUGAAGCCACUGACCUCCUGGGCCGGACGCCCCCCGGUGGGCUGCUCGGAUGACGGACAGCCCAGAGCCACAGGGGCAGAGACUGGUCGGGCGCCGCCCAUCCCCCUGCCCGGGGAGGACGGACCGGAUCAGGCUCCCAAACCAGUCAGUCCGGGGCGGAGCGGCAGGAUGGCCAGGAGGGCGGGGAGCAGAGCCCAGCCCGAGCACCUGAGGGCGCCCAGCCAGUGGGUGGGGUGGCCCGCAUUCCUCAGCCCCACCCAGGCAGCAGGCCACCCCCAUCUCUCCCAGGGCCUGUGUGCAGGCUGUGGGGUGCUCGAGGCCAUGCCCUGCUGGGCGGGGGGAGAGGGGUGUGCCCCAGGGGAGGACGGAGU